ACAUUCUCAAUUCCCCUGCCAGCCAAACCUUGGAGCUGACACAUUCACCGAACCUGGCCGAGACGUGCUUGGUGGAGGCCGCUUUCCUCUCGACCCGUUCAGUCCCUCACAGCCCAUCCCCGUUCCAUACUCCACCCCAAGUCGGGACAGGCAUAAUGCUUUCCUGGUGGACCCUGAGUCUGGCUGGGAGGUUGAUGUGAAGAUUCCCAUGGUUGAAGGAAGGGACGUCCCAUUGGCAUCCGACUCAUCCGACUGUCGCUUCUUCUGGGACUGGAAUCUGUGUCUCUUCCUUGUUCCUCUUUUCAGCGAGAGGAGAGCCAGAAAGGCUGCUCGUCUUUAAGGCUGCUAGGCUGCCAAGAAACACGAAGAUGAGUGGCAGAGAAGUGGCCCCAUCAUCGUUGAGCUUGAGCGAGAUCCUGCCCAAGAAAGGACUGCUCUUCACUGAGACCCAAUCGCAAAUGGUGUUGUGCAAGCCCAAGUUGCUGCCUCUCAAGUCGUUUACCUUGCAGAAAUUGGAGGCCAUGCAGAGUGAGGCCAAGAUCAAAGCCCAAGCUCAACUCCGUCCCAACGAAGACUUGGAGCACAAUGACGAGGACGAGCAACGUUUGGCCGCCGAUGGGGCAGCCUUCAUUUCCGAGAGCGUGUCCUUUGAGUGA